AUGCCUGGCAAUUCGGAGACGGAGGAUAUCAGACGCGAUGACGGGGCACUGCUCCAACAACAACAGCAGCAGCACAGCGCGAUACCUGACGCCGACGCGCCAGUCCAGCCACUGGAGUCGCCGGUAUCACUGGCGAUGGGAGCAAAGCGUCCCGAGAGUCACAGUCUUAGUAGAACCCCUGACGGAGAUAAUAUUCUUCCUCUCAGUGGCACUGAAAGUAGAUCUGCCACUCCGUCGUCGACCGGCAUUGUCGACUUUCCAGACCCUUUCUACAAGGGCCACGUGGAAGUUGAAGACGUCUAA